UCAGUCCAGUUCUCCUAUAAGCAGGCAAGAAAGGGAAGGCGCUGAGCUGGGAACCCCAGCACAGGUGUAGUAACCCAAGGAGGCAGGGAGACCGGCUGCCCCAGAGGCUGAGAGCCGUGAACUUGUAUUUAUUUUCCGAGUCUCCCCAGCUGGUAUGCAGACCUCAUGCCCACCCCUUCCCAUCUUCCUGUGGGGCUGCUGCCCUUCUGAGGCAGGACUAGGGCUCAGGGGUUGAGGUAUCUAUCCUUCAGGGAGGCAGGCACCACCCAGCGAGAUGACAGACGCCAGAAGCCCUCCCUGAACAAAGACUGGGUGGGAGGCGGCCUGGUGUGUCCCCACCCCGCCUCCCCCAGCGCCUGCGGAGCCGCGACCACAGACAACGAGGCGGAGCGAGCAUGGCGGGGUCCCGGGCAGCUCCGCCGGCUCUCAUCCUGCAGCUCACCACCUUGGUGAGCCUGGCUCUGGCCUCAGGAAUAGGCGGGGGUGGGGCCUUCCCCAGGGACCCCCCUGGGCAUGCUGACAUCCAUGACGACCAGCAGCGGGUACCAGCCCACUCCUUAGCCCCUGCUGGGGCCCCCCACAAGCAGGAGCACCCCCUGGAGGAGCGAUGGGGAAGGCUGGAGGCGGAGGUGAUGAAGCUCAAAGAGCAGAACAGGGAACUGCAAGUGAGGGUGAGGCAACUGGAAUCCUGUGAGUGUCUCCCAGCCUCUCUCCAGUGCUGGGGGCUGGGGAGAGCCUGGCCGGAGGGGGCUCAUUGGGAGCUUGAUGCCUGCACAGUCUGUGUCUGCCAGGAUGGGGUGGCACGCUGCGGCCUCAAACCCGGCCUGCCCUGUCGCCGUGGAAGAAUUCCAGUUGGUAGUGCAAAAGGCUGUGAGUAUGAGGGAAAGCUGUAUGAGGAGGGGACCAGCUUCCCGUCCAGCUCCAACCCUUGUCUCCGGUGCUCCUGCCUGAAGAGCCUGGUUCACUGUGUGCCCAUGAGCUGCCCACCCAGCCCCUGCCCUGAGCCAGUCCUGAAGCCUGGGCACUGCUGCCCAGCUUGCCGAGCCUCAGGCUGCACAGAAGGCGGCUCUCGCUGGGAGCAUGGCCAAGAGUGGACCACACCUGGGGACCCCUGCCGGAUCUGCCGGUGCCUGGAGGGCCACAUCCAGUGCCGCCAGCAAGAAUGCACCAGCCUGUGCCCAUACCCUGCCCGGCCCCUCCCAGGCACCUGCUGCCCUGUGUGUGAUGGCUGUUUCCUAAAUGGGCGGGAGUACCACAGCGGGGAGCCCAUGGGCUCCGAGGACCCCUGCUUGCACUGCCACUGCGCUAACGGGAGUGUCCAGUGUGAACCUCCGUCCUGCCCACCUGCACCCUGCAGGCACCCAGGCAGGAUCCCUGGGCAGUGCUGCCCAGGCUGUGAUGGAUGUGAGUUCCAGGGACACCAGUAUCAGAGCAAGGAGACCUUCAGACUCCAAGAGGGUGGCCGCUGCAUUCUCUGCUCCUGCCAGGCUGGCGAUGUCUCCUGUGAGGAGCAGGAGUGCCCGGUUGCCCCCUGCUCCCUGCCUGACUCUGGCCCCCAGCUCUGCCCAGCCUGCACGCUCGAUGGAGAGGAGUUUGCAGAGGGCGUCCAGUGGGAGCCUGAUGGUCGGCCCUGCACAGCCUGCUCCUGUCAAGAUGGGGCGCCCGUAUGCGGGGCUGUGCUCUGCUCCCCAGUCCCCUGCCAGCACCCUACCCAGCCCCCUGGUGCCUGCUGCCCCAGCUGUGAUAGCUGCACCUACCACGGCCAAGUGUACGCCAAUGGGCAGAACUUCACAGAUGCAGACAGCCCUUGCCACACCUGCCACUGCAAGGAUGGGACUGUGAGGUGCGCCCUGGUCGACUGCCCUCCCACAACCUGUGCCAGGCCCCAGAGUGACCCUGGCCAGUGCUGCCCCAGGUGCCCAGACUGCAUCCUGGAGAAACAAGUGUUCGUGGACAGUGAGAGCUUCUCUCACCCCCGAGACCCCUGCCAAGAGUGCCAAUGUCAGGAAGGCCAUGCCCACUGCCAGCCUCGGGCCUGCCCCAGGGCCCCCUGUGCCCACCCGCUGCCUGGUCCCUGCUGUCAGAACGACUGCAAUGGAUGUGCCUUUGGCGGGAAAGAGUACCCCAGUGGAGCAGACUUCCCCCACCGCUCCGACCCUUGCCGCCUGUGUCGCUGUCUGAGCGGCAACGUGCAGUGCCUGGCUCGCCGCUGCCCACCGCCGCCCUGUCCAGAGCCAGUACAGCUGCCAGGAAAGUGCUGCCUGCAGUGUCCCGCCGCCUUCUCCAGCUGCCCGAGGCCCGGGAGCGCGGUCCCUGCCCGGCACCAGGAGCAUUUCUCUGCACCCAACAACCCCUGCCACCGUUGCCUCUGCCUCCAUGGCUCUGUGUCCUGCCAGCGGCUGCCCUGCCCACCCGUGCCCUGUGCCCACCCGCGCCAGGGGCCCUGCUGCCCCUCUUGCAAUGGCUGCCUGUACCAGGGGAAGGAGUUUGCCAGCGGGGAGCGCUUCCCUUCACCCAUUGCCUCGUGCCACAUCUGCCUCUGCUGGCAGGGCAGCGUCAGCUGCGAGCCCAGGACCUGUGCCGCUGCGCAGUGCCCUUUCCCUGCCAGGGGUGACUGCUGUCCUGCCUGUGAUGGCUGUGAGUAUCUAGGGGAGUCCUACCUGAGCAGCCAGGAGUUCCUGGAUCCCCGAGAUCCCUGCAACCUGUGUGCCUGCCUCGGAGGCUUCGUGACCUGUGGCCGCCGGCCCUGUGAGCCUCUGGGCUGCAGCCACCCACUAACCCUGCCUGGGCACUGCUGCCCAACCUGCCAGGGAUGCCUCUAUCAUGGGGUCGCUGCUGCCCCUGGAGAGACCCUUCCUGACCCGCUUGAUCCCACCUGCUCCCUCUGCACCUGCCAGGAAGGUUUCAUGCACUGCCAGAAGAAGCCAUGUCCUCCAGUCCUCUGCCCCCACCCCUCUCCAGGACCCUGCUUCUGCCCUGUUUGCCACAGCUGCAUCUCCCAGGGCCGGGAGCACCAGGACGGGGAGGAGUUUGAGGGGCCUCCAGGCAGCUGUGAGUGGUGUCGCUGUCAGGCUGGCCAGAUAAGCUGCGUGCGGCUGCGGUGCCCACCCCUGCCCUGCACACAGCAGGUCACAGAGCAGGGAAGCUGCUGCCCUCGCUGCAGAGACUGUGAGCACAAGGGUCGAAAGUAUGAACCAGGGCAGAGCUUCCAGCCUGGGGCAGACCCCUGUGAAGUGUGCAUCUGUGAGCUGCAGCCUGAGGGGCCUCCCAGCCUUCGCUGUCACCGGAGGCAGUGUCCCAGCCUCGUGGGCUGCCCCACCAGCCAUCUCCUGCCCCCUGGGCCCCAGCACUGCUGCCCAACCUGUGCCCAGACACUGAGUGACUGCGCACAGGGCCUGCUGGGGGCUGAGCUGGCCCCGCCCGACCCCUGCCACACCUGUCGGUGCCAGGACCUGACUUGGCUCUGUAUUCACCGGGCCUGUCCCGAGCUCAGCUGUCCCCUGUCAGAGCACCAUACCCCCCCUGAGAGCUGCUGCCCCAUGUGCCCAGAAUGUGUGGUGGAGGCGGAGGGCCGGAGAGUGGCAGACGGCGCAAGCUGGCGGGACUCCAACAACAGCUGCAUUACUUGCACCUGCCAUGAGGCCCCCAGAUGUGUGAGGCCCAGGACCCCAGGCCCUGCAGGAAGUCCCUACAGCACAGACGUUUGUCUUCAGGGGGGCCACGUGGAGUGUCGCCAGGAGGAGUGCCAGACCCUCUCCUGCCCCCACGGCUGGGCAAAGGUGCGAGAGGCUGGCAACUGCUGUGAGCAAUGCCAAGCCCCUGCCCAGUCGUGUGCGCACCAGGGCCGGGCAGUGGCCUCUGGGGAGCGGUGGGCCGUGGAUGCUUGCACCAGUUGCUCUUGCGUGGCCGGCACCGUGCGCUGCCAGAGCCAGCGCUGCCCGCCGCUCUCCUGUGGCCCCGCCGAGGCCCCCUUCCUAAGACCCGGCAGCUGCUGCCCCCGCUGCCUGCGCCGGCCGGCUUCCUGCAUGGCCUUCGGAGACCCCCAUUACCGCACCUUCGAUGGCCGCCUGCUGCACUUCCAGGGCAGCUGCAGCUAUGUGCUGGCCAAGGACUGCCAUGGAGGGGACUUCAGCGUGCACGUGACCAACGAUGACCGGGGCAGGAGGGGCGUGGCCUGGACCCAGGAGGUGACGGUGUUGCUGGGGGACUUGGCGGUGCAGCUACUCCAAGGCGGGGCGGUCACGGUGGGCCGGCGCCCAGUGGCCUUACCCUUCCUGCAGGAGCCCCUGCUGUAUGUGGAGCUGCGGGGACGCACAGUGAUCCUGCACGCCCAGCCAGGGCUCCAGGUGCUGUGGGAUGGGCAGUCCCAGGUGGAGGUGAGAGUGCCGGGCUCCUACCGGGGCCAGGUCUGUGGGCUCUGCGGGAACUUCAAUGGCUUUGCCCAGGAUGAUCUCCGGGGCCCAGAGGGGCUGCUCCUGCCUACUGAGGCUGCGUUUGGGAAUAGCUGGCAGGUCCCAGAGGGGCAGGGACCUCAUCGGUCCUGUUCCCAGGGCCUCGAGGUGGAUCCGUGCCGGGCAGCAGGUUACCGUGCCAGGCGGGAGGCUAAUGCCCGGUGUGGGGUGCUCAAGUCCUCCCCAUUCAGCCGCUGCCAUGCUGUGGUGCCACCAGAGCCCUUCUUUGCUGCCUGUGUGUAUGACCUAUGUGCUUGUGGCCCCGGCUCCUCAGCUGAUGCCUGCCUCUGUGAUGCCCUAGAAGCCUACGCCAGCCACUGUCGCCAGGCAGGGGUGACCCCUGCUUGGCGGGGCCCCAGGUUCUGUGUGCUGGGCUGCCCCCUGGACCGUGGCUUCGUGUUUGAUGAGUGUGGCCCGCCCUGUCCCCGCACCUGCUUCAACCAGCAUGUCCCCCUGGGGGAGCUGGCAGCCCACUGUGUGAGGCCUUGCGUUCCUGGAUGCCAGUGCCCUGCAGGCCUGGUAGAGCACGAGGCCCACUGCAUUGCACCAGAGGCCUGUCCUCCAGUCCAACUCACUGGCGACCAGCCACCAAGUGCUGUGCCCAGCCCCAGUCAGGAGCCCCAGGAGGCACCCUGAGCCAGGACAACACUGGGACACAUCAGGCCACAAGCCAUCCUUUGGAGAACAGCUCCCACCCCAGCUACAGCUGCGGAGAGACUGCCCCACCUGGGCACUGGAGGCCUGAACCUGUGUCCCACAGAGACCUAGCUGUGUUCAGUCAGAAGCAGUAAACUUGGGGCCUGCUG